AUGUCUUCGGUAAGGAUUAUACCGCUGCCGAUGCAUUAUCGAGACGGCUACGGCACCUCGAUGAUUCAAGCGAAGAGGAUGAGAAUGAAAGCGGAGAAUGCAAACUUAAACGAGUUUAAUAACGACUACGAUUACGAAGGUCUUUUAAACUUAAUCGAAUACUCUUCGGAAUCAAUUCGGAUAGCUACUUUUUUGACGACCUUGCGAAGACUUAAGGACUUGAAUAAGGUGGAAUGCCAUGCUUUUGAUAGUAAGAAGAACCUUCGAAUCAGACCCUUGAAAGUCCUACCGAUGUUGCCACGAUUCGAACCUUUCGUAGAACCACGAGUAUUGCUACGGCUAAAACCUCGCGAAGAAGAACUACCGGUAUUGCCGCGAUUGGAAGCUUGGCGAGCACUUCGGCGGAGCCUCUUUGCGGUAAGAAGUGUUAGCGAUUUCGAAGAUAAAGAUGAAAAGGACGGGGAUUUUUCGGCAAUCUAUCGUAAUCAGAUCGGAAAAGAAUCACAAAGGUCUAGCGAAGCUAGAUCGGCGGUGGCAGCGGCGGCAAGUAAGCGUAACGCCGGGACGAGACUUAAACUAGCUAAGGGACCUUUAGCAUUAGCGGCGGCAAAAGAAGCAGCGGCGAUACGGGCUCGAAGAAAAGAGGAAGCAUCGCCAAUACAGAAGGCAAGAGCACGGCGGGUCUUUAUGAGGAGAUUUGUCGGCGGAGAAGAUGCACCGACUCGCAGCAUUAUCGAUGGUUUUGCUUGCGUGGCUUACGCAUCGAAAGCAGAUCGACAAUAUGAUAAUGAAGAUGAGGUUGGUGACUCGAGGGCGAGUUUGAUUCGAAAGGGGGACGCACCUUUGUUACUACCGAAUCCCGCUCGGCUUAAAGAGCAGCGGUUAAGCAAGUCACUUAUUACGAAAACCGCUAAAGUAGCUUAA